AUGGUGCUCUCGAUUUGCCGGUUAAAAUACUACCCAGGAGCAAGUGGUCUCAAACAGUUUGUUGUUUGUGGCCGUGGUACCCUAUUCAGUCGGCUCGAGAGUUUUUCUAGUUGGCAUGGGGACUAUGAAGAAAGUGAUUUCAUUAGCGAGACACCUACAAAGUCCGCGCACAAGGAAGGCCAAAGCAAACGAAAGAUCCUAGAACGAAAAUUGCUGAAAUCUCCGUUUCAGAGUUCACUGCUUACAUGGGAAGGAAAAACCCAGCUGGUGAAAUUAGCGAAAGAAUACAAAGAUAAUCAGCUUGAUUUUUCGGUUCUGGCUUCCCAAUUUCCAUCGUCGGAUGGAAGUAUCCCAAAACUGUUGGGAAAUUGGCAACCACAUCGCGCCCACUCUCAAAGUAAAACUCUGUUUUACAACAACAAAGUUAUGGAACGAUGGGAUGUGCUUCUGAGUUUCAUAUAUCAGUUUCUCAAAGAGUCCGUGGUGGAUGGUGCGAUAGUUAGAAAAAUGACGAAUUCUUUAUCAACAGACUUGAUGUGGAUUCUGACCGAAGCCAAACUACACCUGCUUGCGUUGGCUGUCGACUUCGGUGAUGCGCCUCAAAUGAAAAAUAAAGCCAUAAUUGUGCAGUUUUCCGCACAACACGAUAUGAUUCACCGUUACAUCGAUCGCUUCAAAAAUCUAUGCGAAAUUCGAGAAGAACCGUUUGAUUCUCCUCUCACAGAUCCGGCAACCGCUGUGCGUUUUUAUCACUAUAUGCAUAAGUGUGCAACUAUCCUUCACAGGAAACCCAAAACGCCCCUUAAAUUACCGAAUCGUGUGGGAUUAUCAUUUCAUAAAUCCUUCCGAGUUGCCAAANUGCCAAAUCCUCUGAAUAAUGAGAGCGAUGAGGGCGAAUCGGUAUGUUGCUUACACAGUUAUAAUUUUCUCUAA